UUAUCGAGCAUGGAAACAAACGACGUAGCUAAUGGCAGCCAUCGAUUGGAAAUCACUUCCGGCAUAUCUGAGCUGUGGCGGAAACGUCUGUUCACAGACCUGGUACUAGUGGUUGAUGGGAAGUACCUUCGAUGUCACCGUUUUGUUCUAGCUGCUAUAUCUCCAUAUUUUCAUGGAAGGCUUUUUAACGGUCAAAGAGAGUCUGUGACAGAGAAACUAUUUGUUAAUGCUGCCUCUGUGAAAAUCGUACACCAGGUUUUAGACUUCAUCUACACAGGAAGUUGCAAACUGACAGCUAAAAAUUCAGAAGAACUUUUAAAGACAGCUUCUUUGUUUGGAAUCAAAUCACUUCGGGAUAAAUGUGACACAUUUCUAUCAGAUUCUGUCGGGAUGAACAAUUGUUUAAAAAUGAUGAAACUAGCGACGGAAACAAAAGCAUUAAAAUUAGAAUCGAAAUCUAGGUCCGCGAUUUUGAAUAACUUUAUAACGCUUUAUCAGACCACAGCUUUUAAAGCUCUAUCAGCAUCUGAUGUGAUUUCCUUAAUACAAGACAAUGAUUUACGUGUGCCGAACGAAGAUGUAGUUUGUGAUGCUGUUCUGUCAUGGGCGAACUCAGAUCCAAAGUUGCGAAAAUCUGCUCUAGCAGACAUCUUUAAACACAUCCGAUUACCCCAUGUUCAACAACAUUAUAUGAAAUACGUAUUAGGUAAUAAUGAAUUGGUGAAGGAAAAUGUCGAUUGUAAAGAUAUUAUUGAUGAGGCUAAAACUAUUCACCAAGAUCCUGGCAGACGUCAUGAAGUCAAUCUGCCUCGACUAGAAUAUAGAAACGAUGCCAGAAUGGAUGACGUAAUCGUUAUUCUUGGAGGAACUGCUUCCGGUGGUGCCAAAAACCAUCUACGACAGAAUGUAUCAGGCUUCAAUAUGUCACUAAGAAAAUGGUUCCCAUUAGCUCCGUUGCCUUAUGGCUAUGAUUCUGGGACCACAGCCUGUGUUUGUGGUAAUGAUAUCUAUAUUUCUGGUGGAGGAGGGUCCAGACAAGGUUUAACUCUAUAUGAAAGUUGUGUGAAUACCUGGCAUAUCUGUGCACCAAUGUUAGUUGGUAAAAGGGGCCAUGCAAUGGUUGGAUUCGGAUCUUCACUUUUUAUAUUAGGUGGUGUUAUUGGUCAAUCAGAUGAUGGACAUCUUCGGGUUACGACGAGUGUAGAAGAAUAUGAUAUGAAAGGAAAUGAUUGGAAGAAAUGUGGCAAUUUGAAUGAAGCUGUUUGGGGUAUGUCAUGUGCUGUUCACGACGGUAAAAUAUUUCUAUUCGGUGGUUAUAAAGACAGGCACCACUCAACACAAACGAUUCAAAUUUAUGAUCCGGCUACUAAUUCAUCCAUAAAUAUCGGACGACUUCCGAUU